AUGCAGAUAGAGGCCAAAUCUACCGUCGACAACACCCAGCUGUUUGUGGAGUCCUGCAGCGCGACGCCAUAUGACACCCCCAACUACUGGCCAACAUACUCCAUCAUCGAGAAUGGGUGUAAUUUGGACCAAACGGUUAAAGUGCAUCAGAGGGCCAACCCGAGACAGUUCAGGUUCAGCAUGGAGGCCUUCAAAUUCCUCGGCUUGCACGACCAGGUGUACAUCAGCUGUUCAGUGCUGAUAUGUGAGGCAGGGAGCAACGGCACCAGGUGCUCACAGCGGUGCAUCAACUCCCCCCUUACUGGGCAUCAUCAUCACCGCAAGAGAGAGGCUAUCAGUCAGAGUGCCAGGCACUUCAUUUCCCAGGGUCCUCUGCGUUUGAAGAGAUCAGCGGAGAGCACCGGGAGCCCAGGGACCCCCCUGAAUCUGAACCUGGUGUUCAUCGUUGGAUGUCUUCUUGCAGCCGUUGGCAUGAUCAGUACAGUGGCCCUGUACAAAGUCAGAGCAUCAAAGGUUAAAUACCAACCGUUGCCCUCUUUUGAAAACUAAGAAAGCGGCCAUUUGAGAACACCCAUUUUUUUAUUGGUUGCAUUUGACUACAUUAAGCUUCUUGUUUUUUAAUGCUAUCAGAUAACGAGUCUUCAUUUGUGCCUUAUGGGUUGUAAGUGGUGUUUAUUGUGGUGUUAACCACUGUUUACAGUGUAAUCCUAUGUAGCUUCACAAGUGAUUGUUAUAUCAUGUACUCCAUUAUGAUUUAAAACUUGAUUGAUAUGUGUAUCCAACCAGUAUAAUGCUUAAUGUUAAUAGUACAUGUAAAACUUCCUUGUUCCGCCUUAUCCUAACUCAUUUAGAUUUAAUGUAUCAAUAAAAACUCUCUCACAUCU